UGCGCAGGGGUGUCGAAGAUAAGCAGGCGAACCGAGGCUGUGGUUUAAGCGGAGCUCGUUUGGAUAGGCGCGCAAUCACGUCGUUCUAUUGCAAGAGGGUUGCUAUGGCAGCCGGGAGAAAUGUGAUGAGAGCUGUCAAAGUGUUUGAAUUUGGUGGACCUGAAGUGCUUAAGCUUCAAGCAGAUAUUCCCUUGCCAAUUCCAGGAGAUAACCAGGUUCUCAUUAAAGUUCAUGCAUGUGGCAUUAAUCCAGUGGAGACCUAUAUUCGUUCUGGGACUCAUGCUAUAAAACCAGCUUUACCUUACACACCUGGUUCAGAUGUGGCUGGGGUAGUACAAGGUGUUGGGGAACAUGUAACUACUUUCAAGAAAGGAGACAGGGUUUUUACCCUUCGUACCAUUUCUGGCGGUUAUGCCGAAUAUACCAUUUCAUCAGUUGACACAGUCUUUUCCUUGUCUGAUAAACUGGACUUCAAGCAAGGUGCCGCAAUUGGAAUUCCAUAUUUUACUGCUUACCAUGCUCUCUUUCAAAAAGGAUCUGCUAAAGCAGCAGAAACCGUGCUAGUCCAUGGAGCAAGUGGAGGGGUUGGAAUAGCAGCAUGUCAGAUUGCAAGAGCUUAUGGCCUGAAGGUCUUUGGCACAGCUGGAACAGAGGAAGGGAUGAAACUAGUUUUGCAAAACGGAGCCCAUGAGGCAUUUAAUCACAAGAAGAAGGAUUAUCUCACUCAGAUUAAGGAAGCUGCUGGUGCACACGGCAUAGAUGUGGUAAUAGAGAUGUUGGCAAAUGUCAACCUUGCCCAUGACUUGCAACUGCUGUCAAGUGGAGGCAGAGUGAUGAUUGUGGGCAGCCGUGGUCCCAUUGAGAUAAACCCCAGGGACACUAUGCUGAAAGAAUCAAGCAUCAGAGGACUUUCUUUAUUCUCUGCAUCUAAGGAUGAGCUGCAUGAAUGUGCAGCCUCAGUUCUGGCUGGUGUAGAAGCUGGCUGGCUGAAACCAGCAGUAGGCCCUGAAUAUGCACUGGAGAAGGUGGCAGAGGCUCAUAAAGACAUAAUACACAGCCCAGGUGCCUUGGGGAAGAUGGUGCUUCUCAUGUGUUAAAUGGUGCCUCCACACCAAUCGUACAAUCGCUGCUCACAGUUGUUAACGUAGCACGUUCCGAAUACUCCUCAAAAUGUGGUUCAGGUAUAAGAUGCAAUAAGCACUAAUUUGGGGAAAUAUUUGAAUAUCAAGUUUAAAAAAAGAUGACAUGCUUUGUAUUUCUGACUUAGACACUCUGCUGUUUGGGGGUGGUCUUUUUUCUUGCAGGUCUUUGUAAAAGAUCCUUGUUUUGCACCCGCAUGGUAUUGCUAUAUUGCGGACUACCAUUUCCACACAUGAACGUGCUAAACGUGCUUUUGGGCCUACAUAAGGGAGUAUUAGAAACACACUGUUUUGGCUUUAAUUUGCUAACUACAGAAUUACGUUUCAGAAUCCCUCUUCUUUCAAAAUAAAUACAAGGAAGACAG